AUGUCGUUCGACGGUUAUUCCCCUCUGGCCGAGGCGAGCGACGACCUCAGCCCGCUCCCCCUUGUACUUCGCCAAGGACUUACAGCCAUCGCCGUGCUGUCUUGUCUCUCCUUUGUCUCGUCCACCGUUGUACUGGUCUAUCUCACCGUCAAGCUCGCACGAUGGUAUCUCAGAAACAGGAGACAAAACCGGAACGCUGCCGCCGGACCGGCUACUCCCCCGGUUGACCUGGCCUUAGGCCUUGCUGAAGGCCUUUACAUGGGCGAUGUCGGCAAACGAGGACGGCCUCCGGCGCCGAAGAAGGCUCGCCUCAACCAGUUUUUGAUCCUCUUAUAUCAUCUCUUGCUGGCCGACAUACAUCAAGCAGCGUCAUUCAUCCUGAAUGCCGUAUGGGUUGGCCGUGACGGGAUCCAGGUCCGGACAGCCACCUGCUGGGCUCAGGCGUGGCUCAUCCAGACGGGCGAUUUGGCCUCGAGCUUUUUCAUCACCGCUAUUGCCGUUCACACAUACCUCGCCGUUGUAUGGAAUUACACGCCGCCGCAGUCGGCCAUCUACAUCGUCGUUGUUUUCUUAUGGGCAUUUAACUAUCUCUUAAUAAUAAUCGGGAUUGCCGUUACCGACAAUGGUAGAGAGGUCGGGGGCUUCUUCGUACGGGCGACGGCAUGGUGCUGGAUCAACGUCCACUACGAAGGCCUUCGCCUCUACCUUCACUAUCUCUGGAUCUUCCUCGCACUCGCCAUCACCAGCAUCCUCUACACCCUCAUCUUCCUCUCCCUCCGCAAGAAACGCCUAUCUCACUCCAACAACAAUCUCACCGCCGGCGCAGCAGCCGACUCGACGACUAACAUCAACGACGGCAGCGCUGACAUCAACACCAACGCCACCGACAGCAUCACAGCCAAACCCCUCCCCAAACUAACCCUCCACGCCCUCCACCCCCCCAACACCACCACCACCACCACCACCACCACCAAACCCCCCUUCAACAACCACCACACCCACGGCCACCCCCGCCAAGGAGGCGGGGGAAGCAGCAGCGGAGGCGGCCACGACAAAGCCUUCCUGCUCUACCCGCUCAUCUACAUCCUCUGCACGGCGCCGCUCGCGCUGGGCCGCAUCGCCACCAUGGCGGGCGUCGACGUGCCCGUGUGGUACUUUUGCACGGCGGGCGCCCUCAUCACCAGCAACGGCUGGCUGGACGUGCUGCUGUGGGGCGUCACGCGCCACCGGCUGCUGUUUGGCGGGGAUGUGGACGCCGAGGAGACGGGGUUGGAUACCUUUGCGUUUAUGAGGACGCCGCAUGGGAGGCGGUGGGGGAAUAUGGUCUGGGUGGAAGGGGGUGGGAGUGGGAAGAAUGGUGGUGGGGGAAGUAGUGGAGGUGGGAAUGGGGGUGAAGGGAAGGGUGAGGCGGGAAAGUUGGGUGGGUUGGCUAAGCGCAGGAUGGGGUGGCGGCCGUUAGGGUUUGGGGGUGGGAGUGGUGGAGGGGGGCAAGGAGAGAGUAGGGGGAGAGGGGAUGGUGGUGGCCUGUCUGGGGCUGUGACAGCCGGGAGAGAAGAUGGGUUGGCGAUUCAGAUGGAUAUGGUUACGACUGUUGUUGUUGAGCCUGCCGACACAGCGGGGGAUGACUGGAAUAGGGGAAGGGGCCGGCAUGCUCCGAGCGGCUCGACGGGGACCAGGAGUGGAGAUGAUAUAUGA